CUCUUUUAUACAUAUAUCUACAUGUUUUGUUCAUACAGAAAACAGACCAGCUGGAUUUAAUCUGCUUUGUAAAAUGGCUCCCGGUCCGUGUCCUUACGCUGUCUUCUUUCCCGUGGUGUUGCAGCCCUCGGCCCCCGCAGCCAAAGACUCCGGAGGUGCCGUGGUCGGAGACGGACUCGCCGGUCUUCCACCUGACCGAUGAGUCCUUUGACAGCUUCCUGGAGGAACAUCCUGCGGCCCUGGUCAUGUUCUAUGCCCCCUGGUGCGGCCACUGCAAGAAAAUGAAGCCAGAGUAUGACGACGCGGCCGAAGUGCUCAACAAAGCCACAGAUAGCCCCGGCGUGCUGGCGGCAGUCGACGCCACGGUGCACAAGGCUGUGGGAGAUCGCUUCAAGAUCUCCGGUUUCCCCACCGUGAAGUACUUUGAGAAAGGGGAAGAGAAGUACACGCUCCCACACCUCCGAAGCAAAGACAAGAUCAUCGAGUUCAUGCACAAUCCCCAGGCUCCUCCGCCACCAGAGCAGUCCUGGGAGGACAGGCCCUCCAGUGUCAGCCAUCUUGGCUCAGAGGAUUUCAGAGAAGCUCUGAAGAAGAAGAAGCAUGCUUUGGUCAUGUUUUAUGCUCCCUGUAAGACAUUUUUAUUACAUUUUUGUUUUUUAGUUCUCUCAACUCUCCCUGAUAUACUGUCAGCAUAAUGUAUUCAGAAGUAAAAGCCGUUCCUACAGCCUGA